CGACUCUUGCGCCGAUCGCACGUGUAUUGCCAAUCUUGUUAAUUAAUUAUUAUUUGCCAUUUCUUAUGUUUGUAAUGUUUUUUUAUUUAUUUACGUUAUUUUAUUGAAAAGUGAAAAUGAAGUUGUGGAUUUGUUUCUUGUUUAUUGGUGUAGCUUUUCGAACUACAAAAGCCGAUGACAGUUAUGAAUAUUACGAUUUUAGUGAAGAAUUGCAACCAGACAGUAAAGAAAUUGAAAAAACAAAUUUAGUAUUACCUGAAAGCACAUACCUAAAAGAAGAAGGUGAAAAUAUAUCCACAGAAAAUGAUUCUCGAAAUGAUUUUUUAGGUAACGAUUCCGAAGCUUCUGAUAUCGGAAUAUUGAAUGAUAAAGUUGAAAACAUCGAUGAUUUUGAUAAUGAUGGUGGUUUUAGUUUGGAUGAGGAUGAUAAUAUUCCAGAUAGUGACCAGAAAGUUUUUGAUGAUAUAGAAAAUUACAGAAAAUUACUUAGUGCAGAUGGCGACAAUUUAGAUAAUUAUCAAUUUGAAGAUAAUAGAUCAAAUAUCGAAGAUCCUGCUGAGAGCACUUCUCGUGAAAAUAAAGACAUUAAUGAGAGUGAAAUUCAGAUUAAAAAUAAUGGUAUUUUUUAUGGAAACGACUACAUUGAAGCAGAAGAUGAACAGGAUAAAUUGUUUUUGGAAGAAUUUAAGAAUACUUUAAGUGAAAAAAAAGACAUUACUAUUUCUAAAGAAGUACUUAACGAUAACCAGGACAAUAAUGCUGAUGACAAUACUUUAGGAGAAUUACAUCACGACGAUGAUAUCGAAGACGAAGUGUCAAAUAAUGUGGAAUCUAAAGAGGAUGUUGACACCAUGUCGAACGAGAAAGAGAGUCAAAAUCGUGAAAAAGUUGAUACGGACGAUGAUACAAUGUCAAAAGAAAAAAUAAAUAGUAAGGAGGAAAUAAAUGCCUAUGGUAGCGAUUUUGAUACUAUGUUAAAAAAAGAUAUUGCAAACGAUCAAAAUGAAAGUAAAAAAUCUGAAGUUGAUAAAGACGACAAUAGUAAUUAUGAUUUGGGAACAUUAGAUGAACCCGUGGAUUCAGUACUCAAAGAUAACGAUGAACCAGACCAAGAUGAUGAAAAUUACUCUUUUGAAUUUUAUUACAGUGAUGACCUUUUGGAAAAAAUGCCUGACGAGAACGCUAUAGAGAACAAAGAUGAUGAGUCAAAGUUGUUUAAACCUAUUAAAAAUUAUGAAGACGUAGAUGAUGAACUACCCGAAGAAGAAGAUAACAGUGAAGUGGUAAAUAUUGAUAGCAAUCUCAGUGAUAUUUUUAAAGAAGCUGAAACUCUCAAUGGUCAAGAUUUACAAGACAAUGUUGAUGCUAUGACAGCUCAAAAAUCCACACAAAGCGUCGAUACUGAGGAAGAAAUCAAACUAACAAAAGAAAAAUCUUACGGCAAUGACGCGAUUUAUGACGAAAAUCCUAUUGAUAACCUUGUAAACGAUAAUGAAAAUUUACAAUUUGUUGUUGACAAAUUAAAAGAAGAACUUGACGGCAAUGUUCAAAAUGUCGACGUAAUACGUACAGCAGAUACAGAAAAAACAUCUGAGGCAUAUGAUGAGCAGAUGGAAGACUUCAUUGUAAAGCAUAAAGAAGAAUUAGAUACUUACUCCAGAAUAAACCAAGUCACUGGAGCUCCAAUACACAAAAAUUUAAGUGCUGAUCAGGCUGUAUUAAUUACGAACCCAGAUAGCUAUCCAGCUAAUGAGGUCUACGACUGGAUUUUAGACGGCGAUGGAGCUGGUAUUGAAUUUAAUAUUACAUCUUUGAAUUUGAAUGGGGACGUCGGGCAAUAUCUUUUGGUUAUACCAGGUGGUCAAAACGAUGCAGACAGCGAUGGUUUCGUCUUUACGUGGCAGCUCCGCCAGCCAAGAAUGUACCGGUUCCUCGGGGUAGACAGAAUGUUCAUUCGGUUCGUGACAGGCUCAAACUCGACGACACAGCUCGACGGCAUCGAGUCGUCCGAGUAUGGCUUUAGCUUAAGCGUUAAACAUAUUUUACCUACCCGGUAUCCAGACAUGACAUGGAACGAUGAGGACAACGACGCUGAAAUCGUGCUGCCAACGCCAACGUCGUUCAUGUGGGUCUACCUAGGUGGAGUAAAUGCAACUGAGUUUGUGGAUAACAUACAAGAAGACUUCCGUCUCUUAGUCGCUGAUAUGGCCACGUUCUACAUCAACGAAAAUGACAUUAAAAUGGGACUCAACACCACUCAAGAAACCACCCAAAUCGUGAACGCGACUUUCUGCAACAUUGAAUGGCCAAACUUCCGGAACUGCACGGCGGUCAGGUUCGCUGUGCCACUGGUGUACGACGAUCAAGACGACGUUGAAGAUGAGGACCGGAUGCCGAGGCUGCAUGAGAAGGAUCUAAUAGACAUGUGGGAGAGUAAUAUCCACCAGGAUCCGUUCGCUGCAAGGCUUCGACGCUUGGGUGUUACGUUGUUCCCCGUGCCGAACGAUGGCCGCGUGCUGAUGAUAUGGCUGGUUGUCACAGUGAGCGUGAUAUUGUUAAUGGGCAUCGUGGCCUACGUCGUAUGGCACUACAACUGCUUCGACAAUUACACCAAGAUGUCGCCGUACAGCGACACAACCAGCGUGUGCAAUGAGAAGCAGUUUGAUGACCUAUUCCCCACUCCGCACCAGACCCUCCCUCCGCUGUUCUCUGACGAGAAGUAUGACAACUUCGAGGACAAGUUCGACGACUCAACCAGAAUGGACAUGGGAGGCUUCACAAACCGUGGCUACAUGCGCGAUAACCCCUUUGAUUCUGACGACGAAAUGGACACCAGGGAAAGGCAAACCAAUUCAAGACCCGAAGACGCGUCUAACGUGUAACACCAGGUGAUUUAGCUAGUAAAAUACAA